AUGGCUUCGUUCGUGACGGAGGUUCUGGCACACUCGGGGAGGCUGGAGAAGGAGGAUCUGGGCACUCGGAUCAGCCGCCUGACCCGGCGGGUGGAGGAGAUUAAGGGUGAGGUGUGCACCAUGAUCAGCAAGAAGUAUAGUGAAUUCCUGCCUAGCAUGCAAAGUGCACAGGACCUGGUUACCCAAGUGGAUAAGCUAUCUGAGGACAUUGACUUGCUGAAAUCUAGGAUAGAGAGUGAGGUCCGCCGGGAUCUUCAUGUGUCAACUGCUGAAUUUACAGAUUUGAAGCAACAGUUGGAAAGAGACUCGGUAGUUCUGAAUUUGCUUAAACAGCUGCAAGAGUUUUCUUCUGCUAUUGAAGAAUAUAACUGCGCAUUAACAGAGAAGAAGUAUGUUACUGCUGCUCGGUGUCUGGAAGAGGCACAGAAAUGCUUGAAGUUACUAAAAUCCAGAAAAUGCUUUGAUUUAAAAAUGUUGAAAUCUCUCAGCAUGGAGCUCACAAUACAGAAACAGAACAUACUCUAUCACCUUGGAGAAGAGUGGCAGAAGCUGAUUGUAUGGAAGUUCCCGCCAUCAAAAGAUACCAGCAACUUGGAAUCUUGCCUACAAACAGAACUUCAUUUAUGCAUUGAACAAUCUCAGAAAGAAGAGAAGACCCCUGGGCCACCAAUCAGUUCGGUGCUCUUGGCAUUUUCUAUUCUUGGGGAGCUACAAAUGAAGCUUAAAUCAUUUGGUCAGAUGCUGCUGAAGUAUAUCCUUAGGCCUCUGGCAUCUUGCCCAUCCCUUUAUGCUGUGGUAGAAAGCCAGCCUAACAUCAUUAGUAUUCGUUUUGAAUCUGUGAUGACUGACUUGGAACAUCCAUCACCUUCUGAAGUUUUUGCAAAGAUCAGACUAGUACUGGAAGUGCUCCAGAAACACCUUCUAGAUUUACCUCUUGAUACUGAUCUAGAAAAUGAAAAACCAUCUGAGAUCAUAUUGGCUGAGCUGCUCGGUGACAUGAUCUGGCAAGACUUGUCUGAGUGCCUCAUUAAAAACUGUUUGGUUUAUUCUAUCCCAACUAAUAGCAGCAAGUUACAGCAGUACGAAGAGAUCAUACAGUCCACUGAAGAAUUUGAAAAUGCCCUAAAGGAGAUGAGGUUUUUAAAAGGAGAUACUACUGAUUUGCUGAAAUAUGCCCGUAACAUCAAUUCUCAUUUUGCUAACAAGAAAUGUCAGGAUGUGAUCGUGGCAGCUAGAAAUCUAAUGACCUCUGAAAUUCACAACACUGUGAAGAUUACUGCUGAUUCUAAGAUAAGUGUGCCAGACUUACCCAGUCCUCAGAAGGAUGACAAGUCAGCAGUACAGAAAAUGUCCACAACUCAGUACAACGAGGUGGUGAAUUUAGAGCCUGAAAAUACAUUGGACCAACAUUCCUUUUCUUUGCCCACGUGCCGCAUCAGUGAGUCUGUGAAGCAGUUAAUGGAACUCGCCUAUCAGACUUUACUAGAGGCCACAACCAGCAGUGAUCAGUGUGCUGUUCAGCUUUUCUACUCAGUGAGGAAUAUCUUCCAUUUGUUCCAUGAUGUCGUGCCAACAUAUCACAAGGAGAACCUUCAAAAACUGCCCCAGUUGGCCGCCAUUCACCACAACAACUGUAUGUACAUUGCUCACCACCUGCUGACCCUCGGACAUCAGUUCAGACUGCGUCUCGCCCCCAUUCUUUGUGAUGGCACUACCACUUUCGUGGAUCUGGUCCCUGGCUUCAGGAGGCUUGGGACAGAGUGUUUCUUGGCCCAGAUGCGGGCACAGAAAGGAGAACUUCUGGAAAGAUUAUCUAGUGCUAGAAACUUUUCCAACAUGGAUGACGAAGAGAAUUAUUCUGCAGCAAGUAAAGCAGUCCGGCAGGUUCUACACCAGCUGAAGAGACUUGGAAUUGUGUGGCAGGAUGUCCUGCCAGUGAAUAUAUAUUGUAAGGCUAUGGGGACUUUACUCAAUACAGCAGUUUCUGAGAUCAUUGGCAGAAUCACUGCUCUCGAGGACAUCUCUACUGAAGAUGGUGAUAGAUUGUAUUCCUUAUGCAAAACGGUGGUGGACGAGGGACCCCAAGUGUUUGCACCUCUCUCUGAAGAAAGCAAGAACAAGAAAUACCAAGAAGAGGUUCCAGUCUAUGUGCCCAAAUGGAUGCCAUUCAAGGAAUUGAUGAUGAUGUUACAAGCCAGCCUGCAAGAAAUUGGGGAUCGGUGGGCAGAUGGAAAGGGGCCCCUGGCAGCUGCAUUCUCUUCCACUGAAGUAAAAGCUUUAAUCCGUGCCUUGUUCCAGAACACAGAAAGAAGAGCAGCUGCCCUUGCUAAGAUUAAAUAG